UGGAUUGUAGGUGGGAGGAGGGAACUACAGCGCCCAGGGUGCAAGGCGAGUUCCGGUCAUUGCGGACUUCCGGCGACUCCUGAAGAUGUUGAGGCCCAAAGCCCUGACCCAGGUCCUGAGCCAGGCCAACACCGCGGGGGUCCAGAGCACCCUGCUGCUCAACAAUGAGGGCUCGCUCCUGGCCUACUCCGGCUACGGGGACACGGAUGCCCGGGUGACUGCGGCCAUCGCCAGCAACAUCUGGGCUGCCUACGCCAAGAACGGGCACCAGGCCUUCAACGAGGACAAGCUGCGAUUCAUCCUCAUGGACUGCAUGGAGGGCAGAGUCGCUAUCACCCGAGUAGCCAACCUGUUGCUGUGCAUGUAUGCCAAGGAGACAGUGGGAUUCGGGAUGCUGCAGGCUAAGGUUUCACAACAGCAGACAGCAGGGCUUUCUGAAAAUGAGGUUCUGAUGUUUGAAUCAAUCGGGGAAGACCUUGCACUACAGUCCAGAUAG